UCUUCUGCUCCAAAAAUCUCACUGACACUGACUAUACAAACUUUCUGUCAUUUUCCUCUGAAAAACGGAGAUGUCGUCGUGAAGAAUCCAACAUCGAAUCAAAUCAGAUUAACCAUUUUCAGGUAGAGACAAUGGAUAACUCAGCUCCGGAUUCCUUCUCCAGAUCGGAAACCGCCGUCACGUACGAUUCUCCUUAUCCACUCUACGCCAUGGCCUUCUCUUCAAUCCGCGCCGGUACUCCCUCCGGCCACCGAAUCGCCGUCGGAAGUUUCCUCGAGGACUACAACAACCGCAUCGACAUUCUCUCCUUCGAUUCCGAUUCCAUGACCGUGAAGCCUCUCCCGAAUCUCUCCUUCGAACAUCCUUACCCUCCCACCAAGCUAAUGUUCAGCCCUCCCUCUCUCCGUCGUCCCUCCUCCGGCGAUCUCCUCGCUUCUUCCGGCGAUUUCCUCCGUUUAUGGGAGAUCAGCGACGAUUCCACCACCGUGGAGCCUGUCUCGGUCCUCAACAACAGCAAGACGAGCGAGUUCUGCGCGCCGUUGACCUCUUUCGAUUGGAACGACGUGGAGCCGAAACGACUCGGGACCUGCAGCAUCGACACGACCUGCACGAUUUGGGACAUCGAGAAGUCCGUUGUGGAGACGCAGCUCAUAGCUCACGAUAAAGAGGUACACGACAUCGCUUGGGGAGAAGCUAGGGUUUUCGCAUCGGUCUCCGCCGAUGGAUCCGUCAGGAUCUUCGAUCUACGAGACAAGGAACAUUCCACCAUCAUUUACGAGUCUCCCCAGCCCGAUACGCCUCUUUUAAGACUCGCUUGGAACAAACAAGACCUGAGAUACAUGGCGACGAUUCUGAUGGAUUCGAAUAAGGUUGUGAUCCUCGACAUUCGCUCGCCAACGGUGCCUGUUGCGGAGCUAGAACGGCACCAGGCUAGCGUUAACGCCAUAGCUUGGGCUCCACAGAGCUGCAAGCACAUCUGCUCGGGUGGUGAUGACACACAGGCUCUCAUUUGGGAGCUUCCGACUGUAGCUGGACCUAGCGGUAUUGAUCCCAUGUCGGUUUACUCAGCCGGUUCGGAGAUUAACCAGUUGCAGUGGUCUUCCUCACAGCCUGAUUGGAUUGGCAUCGCUUUUGCUAACAAAAUGCAGCUCCUUAGAGUUUGAGAUGGAGAUGUGAAAGUGACAAUAAUCGGAUUUAGCAUAGACCCGUAUGAUCGCCAUGAGCGUAAGAUAGUAGGUUCGGAGCAUGCGCUUGUAUCUAUCUGAUUGUAACUAAAAGGGAAUUCAAUUGAUGAACCAAUUGCUACUGUUAUCUCUGUUGUGUAUAAACCCAACCAGAAAAUAUUGCGGUUUCUGGUCUUUAGAUUUGUAACUGGAACUUAGUACAAUGCACCUUUCUUACAAUGCUGGAACGUCUUCUACUUGUCAAUCGGUAGUUACCAUCUAAACAAAACAAUUGUGCAAUAUGUGUUACACGUUCGAACUUCGGACACACCUGUAAUGAUAUGUGAAUUUAGAAUGGGAAUUGACUUAAAUUCUCAAACACAAUCCUAA